UGCCUAUCCUCCUGAGCACAACGGGGCUUAAUUAUUUCCCCAGUUCCGCCGAUUCGCCAAUCGCCGAAGAACAAAAGAAGCCGAGAAGCCGAGUCGCCGAGAACGGAGAACGCUACCUCGCAAAGCCACCAGCCAAGCCUUGUUCCGCCGACCUCCGUCCACACCGUUCUUCCGCCGUCCACUUUCCACGCCGACACGCCGUGCUCGGUGCUUCUCUCUGGCUCUGCCUCCAAGCUCCAGCUAUGGCGCAGGAUAUAAUGAAUAACUGAAAGAUGAAGAAGCAGACAAGCAUUUACUCUCAUUUUAAGAGAAAAACUGUGGAUUCGAGUUGUAGUCCGAGUAAUCCAGUCGAUGCGGAAACUGCAAAUGUGGAAGUUACUAAUACUUCCAAAUAUUUGGGUUGUUCUAGUCUUUCAUUUGAUAUCAAGAAUCUAGAACGUGAUCCUGGAAAACGCCCUCAGAUAUGGGAAUAUCCUCUCAAUAAAAAAGACUCUGUAAAGGUCAUUGGAAAACUGAAUUAUUCCUAGGAUUGAUCAGUAUAGAAAGAAAUAAUGGCCACGGCGGUCACGGCGGCCACAAAAGUUGGAAUCUUGACGACCAAAGGGUUAGAAGAUAUGUUGAUGCUAGUAUUGAGAAACUGUAAGAACGUGGACACCAUGAAGAAGAUACAUUCCCAAAUGGUGAAAUUCUCGCUAACGCAUAGCAAUUUCUUGGUAACAAAAAUGAUAGACUUUUGUGAGAAAAAUGGGGAUAUCGACUAUGCUUGUUUGCUAUUCAAGCAAGUUCAAGAGCCAAACAUAUAUCUGUUCAAUUCUAUAAUCCGAGCCUACACGCAGAAUAAGAUGUAUGGAUCCUGCAUAGAUAUGUACACGCAGCUGCUGUUGAGGAGACAAGCCGCCGAGAGUGAAGAACCAGUUUCUCCAGAUUCAUACACAUACCCAUUUGUUAUCAGGUCGUGCGGAGGUCUUACCUGCGCAGAUAUCGGUAAGCAAUUGCAUGGACAUGUGUUUAAAUUCGGGCUGGACUCCAAUCACGUGAUACAAAACUCGUUGCUAGACAUGUACGUCAAGUGUUGUGGUGAAGACAGCAUAACAGAAGCGCAGAACUUGUUCGAUGAAAUGACUGUUAGAGAUGUAAUUUCUUGGAACAGUCUCAUUUCCGGGUACGUAAAGUCCGGUAAGGUUAAAAGGGCAAAUGUGUUGUUCGAAGAGAUGCCGGAGAAGAGCAUUGUUUCUUGGACAGCCAUGAUUUCAGGUUACACUAAGAUGGGAUGUUACAGAGAAGCAUUAAAUGUUUUCAGAAGGAUGCAGACGGUUGGCGGGCUGGAACCAGACUGGGUCUGUUUAGUUGCAGUCUUGUCGGGGUGUGCACACCUGGGGGCGCUCGAGGUAGGAGAAUGGGUUCACUUCUACGCAGCUAAAAAGGGAUUCUUACGGAAGACACGUGUGUGCAACACGUUGAUGGAAAUGUACGCGAAGUGCGGUCACGUGGACGGAGCUCUGGAAGUGUUUGAUCAGAUGCCAUCAUCCGAAAGGGAUGUGAUCUCAUGGAGCACUAUGAUUGUGGGUCUGGCAAAUCAUGGAAGGGCCCACGAUGCCAUCACACUGUUCAAACGGAUGGAUGUCUUGCCGAACGAGAUCACAUUCGUUGGGCUGUUAUCGGCCUGCGGGCACGCUGGGCUUGUGGACGACGGUUUGAGGUACUUUGACUCCAUGCGAGACGACUAUGACAUUACCCCAGAAAUCGAACAUUACGGAUGUCUCGUUGAUCUUCUUGCGAGAACGGGAAACCAGAAACGUGCCCUGGAUAUCAUAAACCGGAUGCCAAUGAAGGCGGACUCCGCAAUAUGGGGUUCGGUGUUGAGUUCCUGCAGAAGUGCUCGGGACGUUGAGACAGCAGUGGUCGCGGCGGAGCAUUUGGCGGAGCUCGAACCGGAUGAUACCGGAAACUAUGUGCUUCUGACGAAUGUGUAUGCAGAUUUGGGGAAGUGGGACUAUGUGUCAAUGAUGAGGAGAUUCAUGAGGAGGAGGAGGAUGAAGAAGACGCCAGGGUGCAGUCUGAUUGAGUUGAACGGUUUGGUCCAUGAAUUCCUUUCAGGUGAUGAUUCAAUGCCGUUUUCGAACGAUAUAUGUCAAGUUCUACACCAGCUUUUGACGUUGCACACAUCUGAUGAUGAGGAUGAAGUUUACGUUUUUCUUUAACACGGAGGAGGUACUAUGUGCUUUGUUUAUUACUCGUAAUUCUAUCGCCAAGUUAGCAGAGGUCCGUACUUACCCAAUGGAGAAAGAGGCUGGCUGGACAAUGCAUGUGCAUGGCAUACCAGAAAUGAGUUUUUUUCUUGGUGUAGCCUCGAGAUAUUUGGUGAUUUCAAGCAAGUGCUGCAUGUUUGAUACAAUGUGGAUUUCUGGGUGGCUUGAGAACCAAAUUCUGCCACGAAGAGUUUUAACUUGUAAGAGUAGGUAGAUGCAAGUUUAUAGGUGGUUGUAGAGAUUCACGAGAAUAGUAGGUAUAUAUUCAUAUUCGUACUUGCUUAGUCAAUUUUUACUUUUAACUUCCUGUUUUACUUCCCAAGUUUGCCCUACUUCUUUUUGUUCGCUUAUUUCUCUAAAGAAAUGUUUUGUCUCUCUGUCACAGUACAUUGCCCGGACAUGGAAUUACUCGCAAGAGAAGAAGAAAACAUACUAUUGAAUGAAAAGUUCCUCUGAAAAGUUUACAUAUAAUAUUAUAAUUGCAAGUGUUUGCCUUUUCAAAAGCUUCGCGAAGGGGUAUUUAUUUGUGGAUCUGUCUAUGAAGAAGAAAACUUGGUUUUAGGAGUGAUUUUUUUGUCUGGUGUUAUGAACCAUAACGGCAAAUAUUGCAUUUUGGAAAUAUUUUACUUGUGUGUAAUUUAUUGUUAUUAAGAAUAUUCCUUUAUUAUUAUGCUUGCUUAUACCAGUUGUCAACUACAUUCUUAUAUUCCCCUUGGAGUGAUCGUACCAAGUUACUUGUUACAUUUUGAGGAACUCUGUCG